AUGGCUCGAGACUACAAGGAAGCCCUCGAGAAGCUCGCCCUGCUGCAGUCCAACCGCAUCAUCACAAGUCUCUUUGAGGCGCCGGAGAAAAAGACUCCGCAGGAUCUCAAUGCGGCCGCCAUCCCCGAGAUGCAGGCAUGGCUCCGCCGCGCCGGCUACACGCCCAAGGAUCUCGCUCGCAUGAGACAUAUCCAUGUUGCUGGGACGAAGGGGAAGGGCUCUACCUGUGCUUAUGCGACGGCUAUGUUGGCAAAGUAUCGGACUGUGGGGACGUACACGAGUCCGCAUCUUGUUAAUGUUAGGGAGCGCAUUGCGAUUAACGGCGUUCCCGUCUCUCGGGAUGUGUUUACUGCUGCAUUCUUCGAGAUUUGGGAUCGUCUUACGGAGGCUGCUGUUAAAAAUGGCAUGGCGGCUGUUGAGGCGGAGGGGGCGGCGUCGAAGCCAUUUUACUUUCGGUUUUUGACGAUUCUUGCGUGGCAUAUUUUCUUGAAACAGGGCAUUGAGGAUGUGGUUAUUGAAUGCGGCAUUGGGGGCGAAUACGAUUCCACAAAUGUGUUGCCUGCAGAGGCUGUUUCUGCUGCGGUUGUGACGCAGCUGGGGAUUGACCAUGUGGCCAUGCUGGGAGAUACGGUGGAGAAGAUUACAUGGCACAAGGCUGGGAUAUUGAAGUCUGGGGUUAAGGGGUUUACGAUGAAGUUGCGGGAUCAGCCGGGUGUAAUGGAUGUGUUACGCAAAAGAGCAGCUGAGAAGAAUGCGGAGCUAGUAGAGGUUGAAGACGAUGUUGUUGAACGAUGGGGUGGUGUGAGUGGGAUAUUGAAGGGAGAUUUUCAGAAGAGGAACCAGGCACUCGCUAUCAUGGCAGUGCGAGAGCAUCUCGGCAUGAAGCAAGACAGGCUAGAAGAUAUUUCGCAGAAGAUGGUUGAGGGCCUGCAGGAAGCAAAACUUAGGGGGAGAUGCGAGGUUGUCAAUGACGGGGCGGCUGAGUGGCUCUUGGACGGGGCGCAUACCAAGGAUAGUUUGGAAGAGGUGGCCAAGUGGUCUGUUCAGAGUCAUCUGGGUUCCGACGAAUCCUUGAUAUUGAUAUUCAACCAGCAGGAGAGAAACAUCACGCAGCUCUUGGAGGAUUUCGUGGAAACGGUCAAGAGAGAGGCGGGCAGAGAAGAUGUGUUUCGAUACGCAUUGUUUACACGCAACGAACUUGCGAAGCCGGCUGAUGGAGAGGAGAGGGAUGUGCUUGUACAGGAGCAGGCGGCGGAUAAGAUGCGCAGUUUGAUUCCUGGGUGUGAUAUCAAGAUAUUUGACAACACCCUUGACGCAGUGGCAGAGGCUAGGAGGCUUGCGCAGGGACAGGAUGAGUCAAGGAAGAAAGUAUUGGUAACGGGCAGUUUGCAUCUCGUAGGGAGCAUAUUGCAGGUUUUGGAGCCGUGA